AUGGGGAAGGUAGAGGAGUAUAAGCCGGUGAUGGCGAUGAUUGGGCUGCAACUAUGUUACGCAGGAGUGACUCUUUCUUCGAGAGCUACUUUGGUUCAUGGAACAAGCCCUCGAGUUUUUAUCCUCUAUAGGCAAGCCUUGGCCACCAUUUGCAUCUUCCCAUUUCUCUACUUUUCAAGGAGAAAAUCGAAAAUAUCUUCUUUGGAUUUAAAGAGCUUUUCGUUGAUAUUCAUGGUCUCUCUUAUAGGCAUUACAAUCAAUCAAAAUCUGUAUUUUGAAGGUCUUUACUUAGCUUCAUCGUCGAUGGGAAGUGCCAUGGGUAACAUCAACCCUGCUGUCACCUUCCUAAUUUCAUUUCUAGUCGGAUAUGAGAAGGUGAAUAUUAAGAAUAUCAGAGGCUUAGCGAAGAUAGCAGGGACGGUCUUAUGUGUACUAGGAGCGAUCUCCAUGACUCUGCUUCGUGGACCAAAGAUUCUCAACUCAGAAUCUGAUUUCUCCAUAGCGAAAUCGUUGCUAGGAGAUGUCAAGGACCAGAACAUGUGGCUGAUUGGUUCCGUCACUUUCUUCCUUGAGAAAGACCCAAACGCUUGGAUUCUCCAUUCUUUUUCCGAGUUUGCUACAUGUCUCUACGCUGGAGUUGUAGCGUCAGCGCUUUCUUUUACCGUCCAAGCUUGGGUUGUAUACAAAAGAGGCCCUUUGUUCUCUUCAAUGUUUAACCCACUCUGUACAGUCAUUGUCACAAUCUUGGCUUCUCUGUUCCUCCAAGAAGAGAUUUUCACGGGAAGCUUAAUCGGAGGAUUGUGUGUGAUAAUGGGACUUUACAUUGUACUCUGGGGUAAAGCAAAAGAUGCCAUGACGAAUCAAGAACAGAGAGACAAUAAAAACAACUCAGAAGUAAAGAUUCAUAUCGAAGAUUCUUCAAACACAACAAACUGUAAUAAAGAUUUAGAGAAUCCCCUUCUGUCCAAACAUAAAUCAACUGAAGAAAUCCAAAACAUCAACAACUAA